AUGGAUUCGAGCUACGUCCCGGACCCUUCGACCGAGGUUUCCGUCACCCUCUAUACCGCGCUACUGGUAAGAAGAGAUGUAGCCAGCAGGAUUCCAAUCAACUAUGUCACAGCACCAGGAGUUGAUCUGACCCCCGUGUGUUUCUCGGACCGUCGAUACGAAGAUGCUGCUGCACAGCAGUGUCUUUCCAACCUCCUUGCUCUUGGAUUCCAUAGGCUAAUUGUCGACUUGUACUGGGACCAAAGCCGGCAAACGUGGAGUCUGUGCCCCGUCGAACUCAGCACCCAAGGAAACUCGACCUCGCCCAUCAAUACUGGAGGCUAUCCUAGCAGUCUCUCUACAUCUUCUUCUUCCACAAGUCCGUCAGCUACUCUGACCAGAGCCAGAGUUACCAGAGAUACGGCCGAACCCUUGAAGCGGCAUAUUCUCCGCAGCUCCUUGAUCAGUGCGAAUGAUGAUGUGCACCAGUGGGGAGAAAUCCAUGCCCGACAAACUUCCGAAUUUUCCUCCGAGUCUGCGGCUGCAUCUGUUACCACCGCAGCCUUGACAGUCGCUACACUUUCAGAUGAUGCAAGCAGCUCGAGCAGCGGGGACGGCUCUACAGCAGUGUCGCAGACUUCCUCAGCCGCACAGCCAUCGCAAACCGGGCAUCAGAUUGGCAGUUACUCAUGUACGGAAAGCAUCGGUAUCUCCACCUUGACCAACGUAUUAGCGGACUAUUUUCAAGCGACUGAAAACGACCUCAAUGCGACUUUCAAAUAUCUCGAAUUCAAUGUGCGAUUAGCUGCCCCAUUCGAUAAUCCCACGGAUACUACAAGUCCAGCCGAUCCUGAAAGGUUACCCACAUUUGGUAAUUUCAUCAGCGAUCUUAUCAAUUCGACUCUCUCUCCAUAUCUAUACACACCAGCUGCUCUUCGGUCCGAGAGAGCCAAUUUAAAUCAAUCAUGGUUCGCACACGACAUUGACAACCCACCAGCGGUGGAGUACAUGACGACGAUGCCACUAGAUGAUGGCUCUGGGCUGUAUACGCUAGAUGGAUGGCCCAGCGAAAGUAUCAUCAUGUUUCUCCGUGCGCUGCGCAUUUUGGCUGGCAUUGGAACAGUCGAUCCACAGAUGCAACAGUAUAAUUUUGACGCAGAUGCCGAAACCAUCUUUCUUGCCGGAUCAGUCUCUAGUGACAUUGGUACGACACUAUCUUUCGAUGGUGCAGUCACAAACGGCUGCUUUUACCAGCCUGGCAACACCUCAUUUUCUGCUGUGAACUCUUCGUGGGCCAUCUCUAGCAAUCUACCCAACAUGACAUCUCUGAACACGACGGCCUAUGCUGCUCUCAAUCUCUCAUCGUGUGGCAUCUCACCGAUACUGGACAAACCACUUCUGGGAAGUUUGGCAUUAGGUAAUAGCACAGCAUAUCUCAAUUAUGUACGUGAGUCACUUUGGGGCUGGGGUGUAGGUGAGCCAAGCGACAGUUCGACGACGGCGACUACCAGCCGACAUUGCGCGGUGGUAAACAUGAACAACGACGGUCUCUGGGAAGUCGCGGACUGCACUGAUGAGAACUACUUCAUCUGCCGUCGCAACGACUCUCCCUAUGAGUUUACAGUCAGUGAUGACAAGGCUCUCUACUACCAAGGAGACGAAGCGUGCGACGACGAUUCCAGCUUCGCCGUCCCUCGCACCGCACUCGAGAACCGCUACAUGAUCGCAGCUGUAAGGGAUUGGUUGUCUCGACAAACCGACUUGGAUGGCGCGCCAGUCUUCUGGCUUAGUAUCAACGAUGUAGAUAGGACGGAUUGUUGGGUCAGCGGUGUGGACGCGACCUGCCCUUACAGGAACGACGAUCGAGACCAGGGCAAGCCCACUGUAGUCAUACCUACGGUUGCUGGUGUCAUCGUCUUUUUGUUGGCGAUAUUGACGAUCCUUGUCAAGUGUGCUGCGAACAGACGGAACACCAGACGACGACUCAAACGCGGUGAAGGAGGUUGGGAUUAUGAAGGUGUACCAUCAUGA